UAUCGAGAGACACCGACAAUCCUCAUCAUCAACUUCGUUUCGGUCGCCAUCCAGGUUAGGAAAAGCUUACAUUGCCAUGAAUUGUAUAAUAUCUUCCAGACGAUAUCAGGGGGCUAUUUCCACGUGUCUUUGCCCUUGAAUAUCAAGCAUCAUCGUCCCUUGCUCGAAUUAUCCGUUAACGAGUUCUACCUUGCUAUUCUGACAUAUUCUAAUCUAUCUUGAUCUAACCUCUAUACCUCGUAUUAUUUACCCGAAUUUUCACUAAAGAUUCAAAGGACGAUUCACAAUGUCUGCCCAAGGGAAUGGCGUAGCCCCGAAGGGAGCUCCUUUGGAUCCGAGCAUAGCUUUGAAGCCAUGUGAUUAUGAGAGUGUUGGUGCUCACGUCGAGAAAAUCAACAAACUAGCUAGCUCUAUAGCCCCAGAAGACGACAAAGCUAGACUCGAACUUGCGGAGGCUGCUAGAAAGUUGGUGAGAGCUUUGGAAACUCCCCGGGAGACCAUGAUCAAGCAUUGCUGGGCUCAGACGGCCACAAUGGCUGCCCUCACAGUCGGUGUUGAUAUAGGUUUAUUCAACGUCAUGGCCGAGGACGGUGGAAAGAGCAAGAAAUCGGCGGACCUUGCUAAGGCGGUCGAAGCGGAUCCAACCCUCGUCGCCCGACUCCUUCGCCACCUGGGUGCGAUGGGUUAUGUCGAAGAGACCGAUGUCGACGAGUAUAAGCCAACCAACUUCUCGAAAUCCUUAACAAUCCCCAUCAUUUAUGCCGGGUACCCGGUCUUAUCCGGUGGUUUACUUAGCACAAAUAAUCUGUUCCACGAAUACCUCCGACAGAACGGUCGCAAGACUCCUACUGACUUGUCUAAUGGAGCUCUUCAAUAUGCCUACAAGACGAAGAACAACAUGUUCGAGCAUCUCCAAGCCAACCCACCCUACGGUGAUCUAUUCAACUUACACAUGGGCGGAUACCACCAGGGUCGGGCAAGUUGGAUGGAUACCGGAUUUUUCCCUGUCCAAGAGAGGUUAAUCGAUGGAGCGGAUAAGAGCGAUAGCUCGCCGUUCUUAGUCGAUAUCGGUGGCUCAAUCGGCCACGACAUCCAGGAAUUCUUGCAGAAGUACCCAUCUGUACCGGGCCGUUUGGUGCUACAAGAUCUACAGCCUGUUCUUGAUAAGAUCACAACUCUAGACAAGAGAAUUGAAGUUAUGGCGCACAACUUCUUGAACGAGCAACCAGUUAAGGGCAGCCGGGCUUACUACAUGCACUCAGUCCUUCACGACUGGCCGGAUGUUGAGGCCCAGAAAAUCCUUGCACGAGUCAAGGAGGCCAUGAAGCCAGGAUACAGCAGGCUGCUCAUCAAUGAGAACGUUAUCCCUCCGCGUAACGCGACCUGGGAAGCCACUGGUCUCGAUAUCCUCAUGAUGACCUUGUUGGCUUCUAGGGAGCGAACGGAGCAGGAUUGGCGUCAAUUGUUGGGCGAAGCCGGCUUGAAGAUCACCAAGAUAUGGACUGUCGCGAAUGGCGUCGAGAGUUUGAUUGAGUGUGAAUUGGUAUAAAGGGGGUCUUGAAACUACAGCCCCUAAUGGAUGACCACUGUUAGACGUAUACACUACUUCAAUUCUGGAUUGUCGAUAGAGUGUAAUAUAGUAGAGCUAGGUUAUGAUCAUGGUGAUAUGUAAACAUUCAUGAUAUAGAAAUAAAC